AAAAGCACCUUUUCUUUGUUUUUCACUGCAAGCUCAAGUUCUUCCGAGUCGGCAUGGUGGACGCGGACGUGUACUUUGGUGAUGACUUCGGCCAGAAGAUCGACCUCACGGUGCGCAUCCGCGAGAUCCUGCGCAACUAUCCCGGUACGCAGUCGCUGGGCAACGGGGGAGCGCAUUUCUAACCCUGAUAUUUCUCCUGAUGGGUUGACGUCUAUUGCUUCUUGCAGAGGGCACGUCCAUCUUCAAGGAAAUGGUGCAGAAUGCCGACGAUGCUGGCGCCACGGAGGUGAACCUGUGUCUGGAUUAUCGCCAGCACGCGGCGACGGGCCUCGCAUACGAAAAGCUGGCAUCCUUCCAAGGUCCGUCGUUGCUGGUUCAUAACAACGCCACGUUCAGUGAUGCCGACUUUCAGUCGAUUCAGGUAGAGCAGGGUAGAUUCAUUGCUGGGGUAAAGGGCUGUAGAACACUGAUUGGUGCUUGUCACUAAAUGGGAUGUGUAGCGCAUCGGAGACUCGCUAAAGAAGGACAACUCGAAAGGGUGGAAGACUGGACGCUUUGGCGUCGGCUUUAACUCUGGUACAAUAAUUUGUAUUCCGUGGAUAUGCUUUUUACAACAGAAGGGUCAACAUUUAAACGUUUUGGUGUUUCUCGUUUGCUUCGACGCAGUGUAUCAUGUCACUGAUCUUCCUGCGUUCGUUAGCGGUUCGCAGUUGGUCUUCUUUGACCCACAGGCUUGCCACUUACCCAACGUCAACCCGAGUAACCCAGGGAAGAUGAUCGACUAUAUCGCACAUCCCAACCUGGUGAGCAACUUUCCGGAUCAAAUCUCUCCGUUCCGAUGCUUUGGAUGCAACUUUUCGGAACCCUUUUCGGGAACUAUUUUUCGCCUUGCACUUCGGACAGAAGAGCAAGCGCAGCGAAGCAAGCUCUCGAAUCGUGCUCAAACGCCUGCAAAAAUGGCAGAAAUGCUGAAGGAAUUUGCUGACAGCUUGCCGACCGUGUUGCUUUUCUUACGCAAUGUAUGCAAGAUAUCGAUAUGGGAAUGGAGAGCUGGAGAAGAUACCCCAACUGUUCUGCACGAAGCGUCGAUCAGCAAUAUGACGUCGGAGAUCAAAGCAAUGCGCUCGCUGAAGCAUACAAGUCUGAGCUCGAAUCAUCAACCCGCCACUCAGCGAUUCUCAACUGAUGGAAUCGUUUGCGACUAUCCGUUGAAUAUCGAAGCUCGGCAUUGCACCGCAGGUUUGACGAAGAAAUUUGAGUACUUGAUCAUGAAUCAGCUUGGUGGUGGAGAAUGCUCCAAGAUAGCAUGCGAUCCAGCGAAUGCGAGUCAGCGUCUAGUCCCGUGGGGCGGUGUAGCUGUGUCAACGACUGCUGAUUCCGCAAAUACUGCUACGUCUGGCUUGGCUUUUUGUUUCUUGCCGCUGCCGACCCAUACGUAUUUACCUGUGCAUGUGAACGGAUACUUCGAACUCUCGUCUAACCGUCGUGACAUUUGGUUUGGUGAGGGUCUAAGUGGGGACGGUUUGCUUCGUGCACAGUGGAAUAUUGCCUUGCUCCGCGAUGUGAUUGCGCCAUGUUAUGUUCGAGCUAUAUUACACCUGGCUAACAAUCAAGUUAUGGAGCCAAGGCAACACGUCCAGCUACUACCACAAGCUCUCCCGCCAGCGCCCUGGGACUCUCUCACGUACGCGUUUUUCUCGUUGGUUCGCAAUAAACCGUGUUUGUACAGUGAAGUUGGAGGUGGACGCUGGGUGUCUCCUUCGGAGAGUAUGGUGAUUCGCAGCAGCUACUUGAAUUCGAAGCAUCUGGAGCAACUGUUAAUUGAUGACGGUUUUCCUGUUGUCCGGAACUUGGCCGAAGAUCUUGAGCGUGUACUGGUAAAAACGGGAACGGUUCCGUCGUACGUUGAACCGCAAACUGUACGAGAGGCAUACAAAAGCAAGCAUUCAAGUCAUGCGGAUGAUCAAGGCGCUAUCAAGUGCUUGUUAAGCUUUAUGCUGAGUGACUUGGAGCCCAGCCGCUUAAAUACGCUUGUCGGUGUCAACUUUCUCCCGGUGGCAGAUGGAACACUUCGAGUGUUUGAAAAUCGCUCUAAAGUUGUUCCUAAUGAGCUUGAGUACCUGUGUUCCAUGGGAUUUACGCGACAGCAUGCAGUGUUCGCGCUAGCGGUGGCAGGGGACAAUGGAGUGGAAGUGGCGCUCAAUUGGUUGCUGCAGAAUCCGAAUCCAUCGAUUGUAAGUGGAGAAGGAGCCAAUAUCACAUUAUACAUCCCAAACCGCGAGGAAUUGGAAUUACUGGAGAAAGCACGUGGUCAUUUAAUGCAUAUCGACGCUAUUGGUGCAGAUGAACUAAAGCUGCUGUCCACGGUUCAGGCGCAAAAGCAGCUUAACGUGCAAAAACUGGAUUUUCAAGGCUUUGAAGAUAUGCUGGCAGUGGUAUUGCCUGCUGCGUGGUUUGGAAAGCUGGUGGUUCCGUGGAGCGGAACAGGUGAACGUGAUGAACCAAAUGAGGAAUGGUUUCGGCAUCUCUGGAAUUACAUUGGCAAGAGCAAGCACCUAUCCUCAUUUAAUGAUAAGUGGCCAAUUGUGCCAACAUCUUCACACAAACUGGCGCAGUUGAGUGCUUCAGCAGGUGUGCUGAGUGCCGAGCUUAUUCCUGAAGGUUGCCUGGAGUGCUUGGAAAAGAUACAAGUACGGCUUCUUCUUCCAAACCUGUUUGCAUCUUUCCAGCCGAACCCGGAGGUAUGGCAGUAUAUUCAGCAGCCAACACCUGCCGGUGUGCUGUCGUGCAUUGGAGUGGCCUUAGGCGCAGGAGGCUUGACGUUACCAGCUCAGGCGAAGGCAUUAUUCGAACGCACCGAGAAGUCUGACAGGGAGCACUUGCUUAAGUUUUUAAUGUCUGGAGAUAUCGAAGAUAUUGGCGCGAGCCACAAGCAAAUCUGCUGCAAGUUGCCGAUAUUUCCAGGGUUUCGGACGAUUCCCCGUAUUGAAGAGCGAGGUACUCAGUGGAUGAACAGUGAAGAAGAGAUUGAUAGCUUGGGCAGUGGAUUUUCUCCUGUGUUCGUGUCACUGGCGGAGAUCGAGGAGCACCAUCACGAAUCUUUGCUAUGCGUGGGCAUUGCUCCGAAAUUUCUCGAUGACAACUUCGUUUUUGUGAAAGAAGGCGACGCAGUACUGGCGGAAUUUCUGGCACACCUUGGUGCUCGACGGAUCUCUAAAGUCGAGCUUUUUGCAAAGCACCUGAUUCCGCGUUUCAAUCGCAUCAAGCCCGAUGCUCGCGUAAAAUUUGUGUACCAGCUGCUGCUAGAACUAUCUUCCUUGCUAGCGCAAGAUCACGACGGUAUUCUGUCAAGUAUUCUCGAGACUGCAGCGAUUUUCCCGACAAUGACAGGAGACCUGAAAUGCAUUGACGACUUGUAUGACCCAGAAAUCGACGAGUUCAUGGACAUCAUGGAUGACUCGUUCUUCCCAGCGCUUGAUCUUCAAGAUCCCCAGCCUCUUUCUGCGCUGCGAUCUAUUGGACUACAGCGUACGUUAUCCCGACGAUCCAUUUUGUCUCUAGCGGUGUCUUUGGAGAACGACCAAAUGAAGAUCACAGCCGCCAGCGCUGAGCUGAAAGACGACGCUGAACUGGAGGCUACGUGUGAGAAGUUGCGCACCCGUUCCGUCAAAUUCUUUCAGUACGUCGACAUACACAUGGAACAGCUAGUAACUCCUACAUCACUCCAGCGGAAACCGCAGAAUCAUGCAAAGAGAAGCAAAAAGAGCAAGGGAAUGCGCUUUUUACGAAAUUUCAUAGGUGACGAUCGUUUACGCGGACUUGACUCGCUCCAUGACGACAACGUACCAACUGCAGAAGAAUUGGAGGGGCAGGCGAUGGAGAGAGCUGAGAUUGAAGACUUUAAAGCGAAGUUAGCGAUUAUCGUGUGGAUCCCAGUGUAUGAGGAAAAACCACACCCCGCAGCACCGUGGUACAAACAAGGGGAGCGAAUUAUCGUCGCAUCGUCGCAGCAAUCCCGGCCGACAAAACAAUUGUGGCUUUGUUCAUCUCAAUUUCACAUCAUUAAGUGCUCGGUGCAUUCAGAAGUCUUACGAGACGUGCUGGGGUGGGAUAAACUUGUACCAGUUGAGACGAUCGCUGCUCAGCUAAAGAAGAUCUCGCUACUAUUCGACGCCCAGCGAGUGCAGGGUUGUGGCGAGCUGAAAUCUGGUGCUGACAAUGACACGCACGUGAUUUGGUCUGCGGUGUACAACAUAUACCAGGUACUAUCGGUGUUUUUUGAGACUGAGCUGGGGGGGCGCCGGAGCCAGGUGCUAGCAGUUUUGUCUGGAAACGGCAAGUACGUAUGGGUUGGUGACCGCUUUGUGUCGGCAAACCACGUGGCCAACGUUGCUGUUGUGAACGCUGAACCGUAUUUGUACACGGUUCCAAAUGAGCUGCUUCAUUUCCGACCCUUUUUACGAGCGAUUGGUGUCCGAGAAAGGUUUGCACUGGCAGAUUACGUUCACGUUCUUGGAUCUAUGUACAAGGACUGCUCAGCUGGGGUAACGUCAGAAGUAGGGAACACUAAGGCUGCCCCCCUCUCGGGUGAUAGACUGACGACAGCGAUCGGAUUGAUUCAAUUGAUUAGCGACACGCUCCAGCAUCACUCUGAUUAUGAGUUGUUCGCUCCUGAUCGAGAUGGAGUUCUGGAAUUCGCAGCAAGUUUGACGUAUGAUGAUGCUCCCUGGCUGGAUGAACAUGAUUACGAGACCUCUUCAGGGUCCAUUCGAUUUAUUCACCCCAAAAUCUCCAAUGAAGUCGCUGCAAAAAUUGGAUCUCGGUCCUUACGCAACCAGUUGUUGAAUGAGAGCGGCCACGAAGCCAUGUCUUUCGGGGAUGUCGAGGCUUUUGGUCAGACAGAAGCGCUGACAAAGCGAAUUGCGCACAUCCUGGAGCAGUACCCCGAUGGACCAAAUAUCAUCAGUGAGCUCAUUCAAAACGCAGAUGAUGCCGGAGCUACUCGCGUCGCUGUGUUGUACAACAACUGCACGUACGGGACUUCUUCGUUGUUAAGCCCAGCUAUGGCGAAGUGGCAGGGACCAGCACUCUAUUGCUAUAACGAUGCAGAGUUCAGCGAUGGAGAUUUUAUUAACCUUGCACGCAUAGGUCAGGCCAGCAAGCUGCAACGGGCCGCUACGACAGGACGGUUUGGACUUGGAUUUAACUCGGUGUACCAUUUUACAGACCUGCCUUCGAUUGUUUCAGCCAAGUCUAUUGUGAUGUUUGACCCUCAUGCUACCCACCUGCCCGGCAUAUCAGCUGUGAACCCUGGAAUCAAGAUUCGUUUCGCAAACGCCAACAUCGUGAAGCAAUUCCCGGACCAAUUUGCGCCAUUCAAGGGUGUGUUUGGAUGCGACCUAGAGCACCAUUACAAGGGUACGUUAUUCCGCUUUCCGCUCCGUGAUAGUACACUCGCAGAAAGCAGCGAAAUCAAACGUCGAGGCUACUCGCACCGCGAAAUUGUGGAGUUGUUCAAAAGUUUCCAGGCGUCGAUUAUUGACACAUUGUUGUUCCUGCGCAACGUCCGCAAGGUGGAAGUUUACUUCCAACCAGAGAUCGACCAAUCACCUGUACUUUUGUAUGAUGCAGAAGUGCCCGAAGAAGAUCGCGGCGAAUCAUGGCGAGAAAUCGAUCGAUUUAUGAGGAAUACUGAAAGCACCUCUGGUACGACGGAGUUGUCCGCUAAGAGAGAGUUCUAUGCCCGCUUGCGCUCCACGCCGACACAAGAGCUUCCCUCUGUGAGUCAGGUGCUCCACAUUCGACGACGACAACAAAAGGAACUUCAAGACUCGUUCCACCGCUUUGGUACAGUGACAUCCCACCAAGAAUCAGAGGUGGAAAUGGAUCAUCGGAUGGAGGAGACUACUGAGAAAUACUUGGUAUGCAACCAAAUUGGUGGGGGGAAGGCACGCGACAUGGCUUGUGCUGCUGAAAACGAGUCUUUAAAGCUCAUUCCGUGGGUGGGCAUUGCCAGUCGAAUUGACGAAGAGCCGAUGGAAGGUCGUGCAUUCUGCUUUUUACCCCUUCCUGUUCGCGUUGGGUUACCUGUCCACGUUAAUGGCUACUUUGAAUUGUCCUCGAAUCGACGUGACAUUUGGACUGGAGAUGAUAUGAGUGGUGAUGGAAAAUUGCGGUCAGAAUGGAACGCAAAUCUGUUGGUGGAUGCAGUCGCACCCGCGUACUUAGCCUUCCUACUGGAAGCGAAAGCUAUGAGUCAAGGGGAUUUCUCUCAGUAUUUGCCGUUUUUUCCGACGAAUCUCCCUGCCAGUCCCUGGGACAGCGUUGUGCUCGAACUUUUUCGCAUUAUGAAGAACCAACCGAUGUUCUUCGCGUCACCAAGCCAAGUGAUGAGUAAUACACUCGUGGAAGCCCCCAGGAGAUCUGUCGCUCCAAGUUCUUGUGUCUUGGUAGAUGACAGUCUGACCGACUGGGAAACACUUGAAGCUGCACUGGGUACCGUGUCACUAGCGACCGUGCAUUUACCCGUGGCUCUGCGCAACUUGUUGAUCCAGCUGAAUGCUGUUCAUGGAGCAAUGACACCUGGCUUUUUCCGGCAACUGACGCGAACGGGAGAUUUUUUAUCUGUCUUGAAUCAGGACGGUCUCAAACGGGUUGUUCAGUUCUGCAUGUCGGAUUGCCUGGGCCCUUCAAACCUCCUUGCGGCUCAAGCUCUUAACCAAUUACCACUGCUGCCCCUAAAAAACGGGAAAUUUGAAAGACUUUGCUUCACGGACACGAACGAUGACACGGAUUCAAGUAGGAAGCAGCAGCUGACCUUCUUCUUUGGAAAUGCGAUAGAAGAAGAGCUCCUGGCAGACUUUCAGCAUCGUGUGGUGCGUGGAGAGUUUAAGGAGUUGUUUGAUCAAUUGCCUGCUGUGUACGAGAACUCAAAUCUUGGUGUGGUGAGCCUCGAAACCAUACUGGAGAGUUUCUUGCCCCACGUAUUGGGUCGUUGCUGGAGCAAAAUUCAGAAGGAUAUGUUUGCUCUGACAUCGACAUCAGCAAUGGAUGAAACGCAAGCCAAAAAGGACUGGAUCCGCUUACUGUGGACGUAUGCGGAGACUCAGUUACAGACACUUGAACAACUACCCCAAAGUUUCAUGAAGUGGCCGUUGAUUCCCAUCGUUUGCGACGAAGGAAACCGAUGGGUUUGCUUAUCUGCAAGCAUCAGUCUCGUUUUUCCUCCUUCGGAAUCAUCUCCGCUGUCGCCGGAACUACUCUCUCAACUUCAGCAUGUAUUGGCGAAAGUUGGCGUUCAUAUUGUGGAUAUGUCGUACGUGAACGGUGAGAGGAGCAAGCAGUGGUUGUUGGCACGCAAAUAUACCCAUAAGUUGACUUCGAAUGGACUUCUAGCAGCUUUAAGCCGUCACCAGUUCCAACACAACAGACAAAGUUUCGACGACAUUUUCGCUGCAACAACGGCGACUGAGCGGCAGGUGCUGUGUGACUUCUUCGCUCAGAACACAUUUGACACCGUGUCAAACGACUUGCAGCCAAUUCUAUUCGAACUCCCCAUAUUUCCUGUGUACAGGAACUCUGUUUUCACCGCAGCAAGUGCUCAAGACAACAACAGUGCGCAGUUCCUGAGCUUGAGGCGAGGGGGGUACUUACCUGAUACAAAUGCGGAUAGCAGAAUUCUUGAUGACUCCUUUUUCCAUGCUGAGAAGGAGUCGUUGAGGAGGUUUCUUCGCGACUGCGGGAUCGAUGAAUGGACCGACACGAGGAUCUUGCUGGACUAUGUUUUCCCUCGGUUGGAUGAACUGGAAAAACGAGAUGGAGAUUUGGUCGAUUCCGUAAUUGUUGGUGCACUGGAGACACUUUCGUAUCACCAGCGAAACGACUCGCGAUUUCGCGAUGUUAUUGCAACGCAAGCUGUCAUUCCAUCCAGGAAGCGAGUUUUUCGUGAAGUCCGUCAGCUUCACGAUCCAAGUGUGAGCGAGCUGAGUGACCUAGUUGGAGAGAACAGUCUUCCAGCUCAAGCAUUCUCAACUCCAUUGAUGGUUCAGAUUCUGCGGUCGCUAGGCCUUCGUACUGGUUUAUCCUGCCAUGCCGUGCUGGAAAGUGCACGUUCCAUUGAGGCGAUGUAUGGAGAAAGCAGUGACGAUUCUGCCAACCAGGCGUGCGUCAAGGCUCACAGCUUGCUAUCGAUUGUCAACAAACAUUUUGAUGCGAUGAUGUCGGAGACAACUUCAAAUGAUUCCAUCGCUGAGCAGGAAGAAAACAGCGAAAGACGAGCAAUACUGGACAUUGUGGCGGAAUUGAAAGACGUUAAAUGGUUACCUGUUCGACUAGAAUCACCCGACCCCGCGAUGCCAUGGAAAAGGUCAACCGGCAGUGUCGAUCAUCGACCCACUCUGUCAAAUGCAUCGAAGAUACGCCCACUAAAAGAUGCGUGGCUUUGUUCGUCUUCAAUGGAUAUUCUGGAUGGCGAGCUUACGUCAGAAGAACUCAUCGGUGCGUUCGGGUGGAAUGAACAAGUCGAUUCUUUCGUGAUUGCAAAGCAGCUUGAAGCCAUCGCGUUCCAAUGGGAAGAAUACUGCCGCAAGAAGGAUGCUGAAGCGUCUUCCACUUUGCCCAGCUGGCGCUUUCCAUUAUCAGAAGUCCACCUGAUGUAUGAGGAGCUGGAAAGCUGUAGACUCGCAGACGAAGAAGCUUGGAAAACGUCGCCCGUGUAUCGCAAAUUGGCGAAUGCUUUUUGGAUCUGGACUGGCAGGGGGUUUGCAUAUCCUUGCCAAAUUGCUGUGGAGGCUGACUCUGCCUUGGAGCCUCUGUUGUACUCCUGUCCGAGCGAGCAUAUUAUCCCGCGGUCGCUCCUUGCUUCCUUUGGGCUGAAGAACUAUUUCGAUACAGUCGAUUACUUAGAGGCGAUCAUGAGACUACCACGAAACAUAGUUUUGCAUGAUAAGCAAGUCGCGGCAUGUCUGAAAAUCUACGAAACUGUCGCGGACGACACGUCGUCAUUGGAGUCAGCACUGGGCUCGUUCGUAUCACAGGAAAUGGUGUUGCUGGAUCAGUCGAAUCGUCUUGUUUCUGCCGCGCAAUUGACCUUUGACGACAUGGAAUGGAACGACUCACGAGAAGUUCGACGGGGAGCAACGUUUGUAUCAAAUAAAGUCCCUAAAACUGUAGCGGGACUGUUGGGUGCUGCUUCGUUGCAUUCCACACUGGCCCAGACAUCAGUGACUAGUCGGCGUGUUGUGUGUCCGCCAGUUGAUGCCUUAAAGAGCGUGUUGCCGCUUCGAUCAGAAUGGCUCCACACACUCCUUUGGGAAACGAUCCUUGCCACAGAGCGAUUUGGAGGCUCGCAAGUGGACUUUUUCCUGGAUAGCCGACAUCACUCGUCGCAGCGUGUGAUCCAGCCGUCUCUGCAACCGCUUCAAGAUGAAGCACUGUGCAUUCACAUCCACGGCCUGGUGCUGAGCGAGAACGAUAUUAACAACCUGUUCCAAGGAGAGUCAUCACGCGCGGGGCUUCUUUGCGGCUUUACUGUGUCAGACUGCAUGCAAAUUCUCAGUGGUGAGGGGUUUUACGUGCUGGAUCCGACUGGUUGCUAUCUGUCCUCAUCUGCUGGGACAACGACAUCAUCAGCGCCAGCCUCAGGUCGGAUAACAAGUGUCGGUCGACGGUAUGAAGUGCUAAGCCAAGAUUUUGUACGAUACCCAGACCAGCUAUUACCGUUUACUACGCUGCCUUCGUGUCCAAGUAACGUGUCGCAAGGGACGCAGAGUACGUUAAUUCGGUUCCCCUGGCGCAAGUCUGCAUCAGCUGUGUCGGCCUAUGUGCUGGAUACAAAGGAAGUAGACAAACUGGUUGCAUUCUUGAAAUCGCAACUGUACCAUACGCUGAUAUUUACGGAGUGCGUCCACCGUAUUUCGCUGUGGAGUGUGGGGAAGGAAUCCGAGUUUGCAUCUCAUUGCCAUGGUGAGGUAUACUUAGAAGCACCUGAACGUACGAUUCGAAAACGCAACAUAACACGGCAAAACCAGGAGUGGAAGAAGAGAUUCUCACUCCAGAGCUUCUUCAAGACUCCACAGAUUCCUGAAAACCAAAUGGAGUUCGUGGUCAACCUUGAGUUAGAGAAUCGGCAGCACCGCGAUACUUGGUUGUUCGCAGACAACAUUGGAUGGGGGAGAAGCCGCGAUUUGGCAUGCACCCCAGUUCAUGAAAUGCUUCACUCGUUGCCGUACGUGAGUGUAGCGUGUCAUAUUUUUCGCGAUGGUAAGCCAGCUCCUCGACUUCGGGGUCGUGUGUACAAGAUCUUGGACACGCACCAAAAGGUGGGGCUACCCGUCCACAUUAAUGGUUGCUUCAAGAAGACCAUUAAGGACAAGCAACUGGUGUUGGCUGCUCCGAACCAAGCGGGUCGAGAAGGCGAUUCUGGUGGCGCAAGCGGCAGCGAGUUACAGGUCGCAGCUGGAUGGAACCGCAUUCUAUUAGAAGAUGGUGCCUCGGACGCGUAUGCAAAGCUUCUUAUGGUUGCAAAGCGGCGCUACGAAAGUUCUUUCCCCAGGGCGCUUUACAAAAUCUGGCCGACAUUACAACAGCAGCGAGGUGAUAAAGAACUCGGCGCUCUCGUACAGGCGCAUACGUACCAUUCCGUUGCUACACGAGAGUUGUUCUUAUGCACUGACGGCGUCUUCCGUGCGCUGAGUAGCGGCUAUCAACUUGAUUUGGGCGGCAUGAAUAUUCAGGUGGCCUCCUUUGCUCAGCUGCAUUUUCCAGCGUUCAACAUACCGGCCAGAAUUCUGCAAGAUUGCUCUCGCCUCUUGCCGUCACGGAUUUACUCGGUCACUCCAAGAGUUAUGCGUCGCUUUUUGAGAAGUGUGAGCAGCUCGGAGGUCCUCUCCGACGUCUGCUUAUCUCUGCUCGAGUAUUGCCUGAGUGAUUUGCCAUUUCCGUUGCCAAGUGAAGCGGAUCCUAUAUGGACCGAAUUCCAUGGCCUAUCGCUGCUGCCACUAGAAGAUGGAAGCAUUGGUGUGCUUCGAGUGAAUCAACGGCGAACGAGCUACAUUCUCGCGUCGUUCAACCAAAUCGAGUUGCUCCGGCCACUUGGGAAUAUGUUUGUGUCUCUUGCGGCGUUCCAAAGACUGCACAAGUAUUUCUCGGAGACUCGGUUCACGUCCAUUUUCGGGCUUACUUCUUUUUCCAUCAAGACUCUGGCAGAUAAUAUUGAGCGAGUAUUACCCUCGUCCUGGAAGAACCGAGCAGUUGUUGACUGGGAUCCAAGUUCGCCGGUUGAGAUUGAUCAGUUGUGGCUUUACCGCUUCUGGCAAGUAGUGCACUUCGAGCGUCGAUCUUUGGGAUAUUUUGCGAACUGGCCUUUAAUCCCGGUGAAGGGUUCACGACUGAUUUCUUGCGCUAAAAUGGAUAUGGCAGUAUGCGUUUGGGACGGCUCAGCCGACGACGAGGUAGCUGCAAAAGUUGCAGAGGCAUUUCUGGCUUCUACUACGGAGCAAGACAAGAAGAUGGCUGGCAUGGAAGCUGAACGCAAGCGGUUGAUGGAGCUAAGCUCUGAAAAGCUCAAAAAGGAGGAUGAACUAGCUGAUGAAAGUUCGGAUGACGAAGAAAGGGGAGAAGUGGAUGACGAUGAAGACGUUGCAAGUGACAAUGACAGUGUAUCCGCUUCGGAUGAAGGCGAUCUUACUGUCGAGGUGGAAGAUAUUUCAUCAUCAACGCAGGGCGAAGAACGUAACUCGAACACAGAAAGCGUUGUGGAAAGCGGAAAUUCUUCCGGAGAAACACCUUUAUCGCCCGGUUCUUUAGUAGUGGCACUAGAGGACAUCAGCAAUGAUGAAGAAGACGAUGAAAGUGGUGGCAUUAGCGAAGGUUUCGCAGUCCCCGUGUAUCCGGUCGAGGAUGAAUCACACGAGUUCUGCAGUCGCGAGACGCUUCAUAACAUUCUGUUGGAACUAAAUGUGUCGAUGAUGGAGUUAGCGUAUCUUGGAGGUCAGGAGCGCGAUAUCGUUCCACGAUCCGCUGAAGUGGGUUUGGCCGUUCUGGACGGAGUUUUCGCCUCAGCUUGGGAAGAACUUGCGUGGGAGGAUUUAACUGAACCAUGUGCAGUGCUUAUUGCCGAGUUUUUCGCGCACAACGGCGAGACCAACGGAGGCUACAACCGCGCCCAGCUGGAAAAGCUCAAACAACUACCAAUAUUCGUGAAUAUUUGCGACGUACCCUGUGCGAUUCACGGUGGACAAGAUUUCUUUUUAAUCCCGACGGAACUGAACUUGACGGACAUUCCGUUGCCUCCUGAUGCCCAGCAGUGCUUUCUCAAGAGUAAUCCACGCCUAAAUGCGUUCUACAAGGAGCUUGGCGUGGAUGAAAUGAGUGACAGCAAGCUCCUGAUCUAUAUUCUUCCAAUGUUUAAUGGACUGCUCGAGUCCCAGCGUGACCAGGUGAUGCACAUUCUUCUUCAGAAGUGGCAAUCACUCCGCGGUAAUGCCGAAUUGACGACUCUACUCAAGACAUCGGCUCUAUUCCGCGACGAUGAAAGUGAAGGCGCAAGCUAUCACCCAGCAAGUGCGUACUGCGACCCUCGAAACAAGGUGCUCGCCACAAUUUAUGCCGAUGUUCGCGGACAAUUUCCAGCGCAACGCUAUCGAACGCCAGAGUGGCUGGAUCUGAUGGGUGAGAUUGGUCUACAAACCGAAGUUACCGUCGAGAUAUUUGUGGAGUGUGCGCUACGCAUCGACGGACAGUUCUCGGGUAAACAAGCAUUGGCGCCUGAAGACGAGCAUCUCAUUACGACAUUGCACGAGUUUUUCGUUCAGAAUUUUGACAAGUUUGACCGAUCUCGGUCAUUUUUCGAUAGAAUAACGCCGCUGUCGUUCGUCCCGGCGGUUGUGUAUGAAAACGAAUUGGAGUCUUCGAAUGGAGCUGCAGUCGAUCGUCAGAAGCGUGAAGGACAGUUUACGUCUCGCUCGGUAGUCCGCAAGUACGCUGAUUGUGCUACUUCAGAUGACCAGGCGCUAGUCUACUCUACUAUGCCGAUUCUGGCAAACGUAGCGCUACCACCACGCGUACUUUACAGUCGUCUGGGGAUAAAAUCUCCACCUCCUCAAGAUCAAGUCGUAAAGCACCUGUUGACCAUUACGAAUGGCGAUCGUGCCAUGUCGUCCCGGUCACUAGAUUGGCAGUUCUUUUUGCCUAUGGUCGAGGUGUUCCAAGCAAUUUUCAAGUUUCUGCAGGAGAACUGGGUUGAACUGGGACCAGAAACCCAGAAACGCCUCGCGAACGCGGCAGUCAUCCCAGUUGGUUCGACUCUGGUGAAGGGCUCUCGUCUAUUCAUUCGUUUGGGCGAGAAUCUGGCACCGCUGAUGUUUGAAGUGCCUCGAGUAUUUGGUGCGUACGACACGCUAUUCGGAUACAUGGGCUCGAAAGAAGCCCCUGAAGUGAGCGAUUACAUCCAGCUGCUACGCGACCUGAAGGAUGAAUGCUGUGGUCACUCUCUCAACUUGAAUGAACUGGUCGCAGCUGCUCGUGCCAUCGAUCUUCUCGUCGCUGCAAUGGCCGAAUCUAACUAUCGCCUUUCGCGCGAGGAGAAGAACAGCAUCUUUCUUCCGUCGGGUACAGCAGUUAUGCAGUCGAUGUUGGUGAUGGCAUUUAACGACUCUGCAUCACUGUGUUCAAGUGUUGAUCUUACGGAGCUCCAUGUGGUUCACCCUCGUAUUAGCACAAGGUGCUGUAAGAUGCUGGAAGUACCAGGAAUUACCAGUAUUGUAACGGAAGAGUUAGAUGGUGGCGAGAAUCCGACUGAACUGCUGGCUAGUGACGAUAUCGCGCACUUUAACAGCGUGUUGGCCUCGCAGCAAUUCGCUGACGGUUUGCGUAAAAUCAUCACGGCGCAACAGCAGAAGGCAUCGUCGUACGAUGCGUUUGGAUUUAUCCCCGACUUUGAAGACCUCAACCAACGGAUCAUGAAUUUGGCGAAGUACGAAGUGAAAUGCGUGGCGGAGCUGCACUCGCGCUUCAUUGCCAAGCUGGGUUUCCCUGCUCGUAGAGUUGACGUGACCAAGACCGAGCGCCAGAGCAGUUUGUCGUUCUUGGACCAGACGAGAAGAAUAAUUUACAUUACAAAGCGUACACUCGAGGCGCGAUCUGAGAAGGGAAUGCGUGUGAGUCAUUUGGUCGCUCGAUGCAUCAACCAGCUCCUUGGGGGAGUGCUGCAGGACUGCUCCGUGCUAGAGUCCAUCUUGACAUGCGAUGAGAUGGAGAUCCCUGACGUCCUUCAGCAGCUUGACAUCUACGAAGACCCCGUAUUGAUCGUUGAAAAGCUUCGUGGAGUGCUGGGACAGCCUUUGUGCGACUCUGACUGUGCGAAUGUGGAGCUGGCGCCAUUGCGCUCUUGUCUGCCUGGAGAGCUCAUCGCGGUAGAAGAUGAAAACGGAACGUUGUGUUACGGCAAGAUUUUAAGGGGAGAACCCAGUGACAUACCGGGAGUAAGCCGAUACGACGUGAAGGUGAGUAGUUCGUCUACACGAUGGAUGCUAGCCACGCAAUUGCACUUCUUCCGCUCCGCUCGGGUGGGAACCAGUGGCAGCAGUGCUGGUGUACAGACUGGAAGAAUGGUUGAGAACCAUACAACCAACCACUUGGAGAACGUAGCGUUACCUGCAUCGGUCGUAGCGAUUGCUCCAGAAACACAAGGCAGCGAAAUUGUGCCCGGAUUUUCAAGCGUCAAUGCACCCGCAGCGGUGGUGUCGACUGCGAACGUUUUGUCGGCUGUGAACGAUUUGCUGUCACGCCUGAACGUGACGUUGGAUACGAGCGUCGAGGACCUGAUGGCUGAGAACCUUCGACUGCAGCGCCAUCUGGAGGUGGCCGAAGCUGGUCGUCGUGCGGCGGCUGCGCAGAUCGACUCAGUGAUCCGUGAGAAGAAGGAAGUGCAAGACUCGCUUGUGUGUGCAGUGUGUCUGGAGAACCAGGUGAACCGCGUGUUGAUUCCGUGUGGACACAUCUACUGCGCGUCUUGCGUUCAGCAACUACCGCGACCUUCGUGCCCGAUCUGCCGUCAGAACAUCGUCUCCAGCUCUGCUUUCCACGUCCCAUCCUAGAACGCCCUGACGGUUGAACUACUUCGUGUGUCUCUGCUAAUCAACUGAGCUGGAGGAAGUUGACGAUGACGCAUUUCGAACAAUAUUAGUGACUUCCAGAAGGACCGUCAAAUGAAAACUCUUUUUUCUUGCUUCGAGAUGUAUGAUAAUACAGGUGCGUUUGUAGAAUUUUGCUCUCUCUUUUGCAUACGUAAGUACUCGAGUGGUACAUGCAUACAAGGCUUCUAC